UAUGCUGUGACAGACCAAGAAAGCUUCAAUAAUGUCAAGCAAUGGCUGAGUGAAAUUGAUCGUUAUGCUAGUGACAAUGUUAACAAGCUACUGGUUGGAAACAAGUGUGAUCUUACAGAAAAUAAAGUUGUGUCAUACAAAGCAGGCAAGGCACUUGCAGAUGAAGUCGACAUACCUUUUUUGGAAACUAGUGCAAAAGAUGCCACUAAUGUGGAACAGGCUUUCAUGGCUAUGGCUGCUUCCAUCAAGAACAGAAUGGCUAGCCAACCUGCCAUGUACAAUGCUUGGCCUCCUACGGUACAGAUCCGAGGACAGGCUGUUGAACAGAAGAGUGGCUGCUGCUCUUCCUAGAAUGUCAAAGGAACCUCUGUUUCUUCUGCAGUACGCCGCUGCCGGCGGUGGCACAGUUGUGUAAGAUUCAAUUGUUUCUUAAAUCGUCAGUUGCAGACCUUAUUUCCUAUUGGACAAAACCUCAGAAGUAGAGGAUAUCAUUCCUUUCUAGUUUCUACACACUUGUUAAUGUGAAGGCUUUGUACAAUGUAUGAUUUUUUGCUUGUUGAUU